AUGGGAUCAUGCCAAAGUACUAGUAAAAAUAAUGUAGUUGAAAAAAAAGAAGAUAUUAAGGAGUAUGUUGAUGUUAAUAAGAAAAGGGAAGAUUUUGAUAAAGAAAUAACAAAGGAAGAAAAAGGGGAAAUAUGCAAGGAUAAAAAUGAAGAAAUAAAAGAAAAAGAAGAGGUAGAUGAAGUGGAUGGAAAGAAAAAAAAAAUAAUAAUUUUUAAUGGAGCACCUGGAUCAGGGAAAGAUACUCAAUGUAGCUUGAUUGCAAAAAAAUAUAAUUUUAAAAUUCUAACUUCAAGUGAAAUAUUAAAAAAAUAUUUAGAAGAAAAUAAAGAAAAAUUGCAUGAAGAUUCUAGUAAUGAAAAUAAAUUAACGGAUGAAGAAAAAAGUGAUUUAGAAAUUAUAGAAAAAUGCAUUAAUGAUGGUUCCUUAGUACCUGAUGAUACAGUUAAAAGGAUUUUUUUUAUUAAUUUAAAUAAUUAUAUAAAUAAUGUUGAAUUUGAUGGAAUUAUAAUUAACGGAUAUCCAAGAACAUACGAUCAAGCAUUAUUAUUUAAAAAUAAUAAUAUUAUAGUUAACUCAUUAAUUAACAUAACAGCUACGAAGGAGUGUUUAUUGGGGAGAAUUAAUAGAAGAAUCGUUGAUCCAGUUACUAAUAUAAAUUAUGACGAAAAAAUAAUAGAAUUAAUUAAAAAAAAAAGAGGAGGAGAAGAAUUAACUGAAGAAGAAGAAAAAAUAGUAUCACAAAAUGAGGGAUAUAAUAAUUUAAAUGAUGAAGAUAUUAAUAGGCUAAUAAAAAGAAAAGAUGAUGAGCAAAAUGUUUUUGAUAAAAGAUUUAAUUUAUAUAAAGAGAACGAAGAAGAAAUUCUUUCUGUUUUUAGUGAUGUUCGCAAAGAUAUAAAUGGAGAAAAACCUAUUAAUGAUGUUUUUGAUGAAAUUUCAGAAAUAAUUGACGAUAUAAUAAAAAAUUGA